AUGGAAGUGGCACAACUCAACGGAAUGGAGGUUCCUCAGAAAAAAUCAACCCCGGUGUUCCUCUUCGCCCACGGCUCCACCAUGAUGCUGGGUGAAGAGUCGGAGCCUGCCAAAAUCUGGGAGGAGGUCGGAAACGAGGCCUUGCGGCGCGGAGUGAAGCGAAUAGUUAUGAUGGGUGCUCACUGGGCGACCCUGGGAGAUGCCGUGGAAGUCAGCAUGAACCCAGACCCCAAGAAGCUGCCGAUGGGUGGCGUUCGCGACGACCGCUAUUUACCCUACAAGUUGAUGCCCGAUCUCGACGGAGGGCAGGAAGUACUUGACAGGCUUUGUGCCGCAGGCUUCAAGGCCCGUGCAGCGCCGAAGUUUGACUGGAUUCAUGACACCUUCCUGGUGAUCAUUCGCAUGUUUCCGCACUGCGUGCCUCUCCCAACGGUAAUCGUUUCGAUGAAUGCUCGGUACGACCCGCACUUUCAUGUUAAGAUGGGUGCUUCCCUGCGCCCAAUGCGAGAUGAUGGUACAUUGAUCAUCGGUAGCGGGGGCUCAGUCCACAAUCUGUACCGGAAUCACUGGGAACACAUGUUCCGCUUCAGUGACAAUUUUGCGCAACCGGUGCCUCCAGAUGAUUGGGCAUUACAAUUUCGUCAGGCUGUGGAGGAUGCUAUUCUUUGCAACAAAGGCCCGCAAUUACGACGUGCAUUGACUCGACUCAUGAAGCACCCACGCUUUAGAGAAGCCCAUGGAACGGAUGACCACUGGAUGGCGUCAUUGUUUGUUGCUGGUGCUGCGGGUGGUAUAAAUGAACGAGGUCCUAACGUGGUGAUGGGUGAAUGUUGGGAGCUUGUAAAUAUGUGUAACACUCAAUACCAGCUGGGCUCGUGGGAUUAG